CCAAUCUGGGAGGUGAAGAAGUCCCACUUCAUGAACAAACCGUGAAGCUCACGAAUUAUCAUGACUCGAGCAACGAUCGGCAGACAUAACGCGCGGCCACCUUCUCCUGACCCCGUCGUCAUUGAUGGCAAGGGCCAUUUCCUUGGUCGCCUGGCUUCGAUUAUCUCGAAGCAGGUUCUCAACGGCCAGAAGAUUGUCGUUGUACGCUGCGAGGAGAUCAACACUUCGGGUAGCUUCUUCCGCAACAAGUACCCUGCAAUCCGCGGUAUGGUUCCCCACAAGACUGCCCGCGGCGCGGCAGCCCUUGAGCGUCUCAAGCUCUUCGACGGUGUCUCCCCUCCCCACGACCGCAAGAAGCGGAUGGUUGUUCUCGAGGCCUUGAGGGUCUUGCGAUUGAAGCCUGGCCGCAAGUACUGCGUGACAGUCAAGGGCUACAAGGGCACUGUUGUGGACCGUCUGGAGGAGAAGAGGAAGAUCAAGGCUCAGGCCUUCCACGAGCGCAAGCUCGCAGCGAUCAAGCUGCGUGAAAGAGCCGUUGCUGGCACCGCGUCAUCCUUCGAGAACCUUACACAGCUCGGCUACUAG